GAAAAAAAAAAAGGAAUUAGAGCUAAAAAAUAAUCAGCCAAAAUGCAAAGCAGCACUGUAACUUUAGCCUCCCAUUUCUCUUCUCAUCUUCAUCCUCUUCAUCACAAGACAGUACUUUGUAGUUUGAACAAGUUUAAGAAUACCAAAUCUCUUAAGCAAACAUGGCCACCAAUUUCUUUCUCCUUGUUUACCUCUGGCUUCUUCUUAGGACCUCUUCUUGAUGCCAUUCAUUCAAGAGUAAACCUUCAAACAUAUCACAAUGGAUCACUUGAUAUUGGCCCUCUCCAUACCAACAUUUGGGUUCCACCAAUGCUGGGAGCUUUUUACUGCACUGUGGGUCUAUUACAGCUCUUUUUGGAUGAAAAGAACUCUCCUGAAUCAAAGAAAUCAAAAGGGAACUUAAUUGGGAAAACAAUAGCAUCACUAAUAACACUUACACUGUUCACUGAGUUAAGUGCUGAGAUGUUUAAAGCUGGAGUUAGAGAUGAUGUGGAAGCCUACACACUGUUUGUUCUUGCAGAGCUUGCAUGGUUUUUCUUGGAUGGAACUAGAAAUGGCUUUGCAUUGGCUUCUUUAGUUGGUGUUUCUUGUCCUCUUCUUGAGAUUCCACUAAUUAGAAUUUUUGAUUUGUGGCAUUACAAUAAUGCUGACAUUCAAAUAUUUGGAGAGGGUUUGAUCAGUUGGACAACCACCUGUUAUUUUGUAUAUACACCAUUUUUGAUAAAUUUAUCACGCCUGAUAAAAUCAGCCGUCGAUGAUACCGAUGACAGAAAUUAGGUAUCGGAAUAAUCUUGAUUCAUAAGAAUAGUUUUUGUAAUCGAAGUGAGGAAAUGAAUUGAUACAUUACUUUGUGCAAA